AGCGCCGAUAAAAGUGUUUACAUUUCUGAUCACCAGACGUCCUUCAAAGCUACUGCUGAUUAGUUUGACCUGAACUAACUUUUAUCUUUCUAGUCUGAAUGCACUCGUCAUUCCUUCGACGGAGCAGCAAUCUGCUGAAGAACUUGACAGGAAGAACUAUGGCAAGUCAAGCGUCAUCUUCCGGACCACGACGAAUCGCAGUGGCUCAGAUGCGAUCGACCAACGAUAAGCAGCACAAUCUGGACCAGGUCAAAACCAUCGUCGAGAAGGCCAAGAGUCAAAAUGCUUCGGUUGUAUUCUUCCCUGAAUGCUGCGACUACGUGGGAAGCUCACGGGAGGAAACGCUCAAACUUUCGGAACCACUCACCGGCGAAACCGUUGGUGAGUACCGAAAGCUGGCCAAAGAUAGCAACGUGUGGCUUUCGCUCGGCGGAGUUCACGAAGCUAUCCCGGAUGAAGCCUCCAAGAUUUAUAACACUCACCUGCUUCUGGACAACCAGGGUCAAAUUGUGGCCAAGUACAGCAAGCUGCACAUGUUCAACGUCAUCACACCGGAGUUCAAGUUCCGCGAGUCGGAGAUGGUGCGUUCGGGCGGCGAGCUUGUCCCACCGGUGGACUCGCCGAUCGGGAAGAUUGGCCUGCAGAUCUGCUACGACGUCCGCUUCUCCGAAGCGAGCACGUUGCUGCGCAAGCAGGGCGCGGAAGUCCUCACGUACCCGUCGGCGUUCGCCGUUUCUACGGGGAAGGCCCACUGGGAGGUGCUUAUGCGAGCACGGGCCAUCGAGAACCAAUGCUUUGUGAUAGCGGCUGCCCAGAUCGGGUUCCACAACAAGAAGCGGGAGAGUUACGGGCACGCAAUGGUCGUCGAUCCUUGGGGGAAGAUACUGGGUGAAGCUGGGCAGCAAGAUCUGGAUGUGGUGAUUGCGGAAUUGGAUUUUGACAAGUUGGCCAACGUUCGCCAGAACAUGCCUUGCUUUGACCAUCGCCGGGAAGACGUCUACAAUCUUUCGUAUGUCAAAGGAACUGCUAGAGCGGAAACAUCCACGACCGAGUACAACUUUGGAGGAAUUGACAUUCCACAGGAUAGUGUAUUCUACACAUCGGAACAUAGCUUCGCCUUCGUAAACAUCCGCUGCGUAGUUCCUGGACACGUUCUGGUGUCCACGCGGCGGUCCGCACCGCGUCUUCCCGACCUGUCACCGGCCGAGAUCAACGACUUCUUCCAGACCGUGUGCAAGGUCCAGCGGGUUGCGGAACGGCUGUACGCGGCCAGCUCGACGACCGUAACCGUCCAGGAUGGACCCGAUGCGGGUCAGACGAUACGGCAGGUGCACUGCCACGUGCUGCCCCGACACGUGGGAGAUUUCCCCGAAAACGACCAGAUAUACGGCGAGCUGCAGCGCCACGAUAAGGAGCCGGAACGGCCCGCGCGGUCGAAGGACGGCCGAACUGCGGACGGCGUCGGCGAACCUUGCCGGGCGGAGUAUCGCGCAGGGCAAAUAUCGGUAUACUGCUUUGCGGGACAAGAUUGGGGCAGUCUCAGCCAGGGUCAGAUGAGCAACUGA